AGCAGCAUGCUUGUCUAUCCCCUGCUUCCCACCCCUUGUUCUCCUCUCCCGCUAAUGGCCUAAAGGACACUACCCGGCUUCAGCCCCUGCAGUUACCAGCAGCAGCUCAUGUCAGCACGUCUGCGACCUUGGGUACUUCCUCGACGCAGUCCUCGGAUAGCAGCUCUUCUCAGCAGACAGCAGCAGUCGGCAGCACGCAUCCAGACACCUACGGUACCAAGGAGGCGGCGAACGAUGAUCCUGCCGGCGUUUCCAGUCCAAGGCACCAAUGAGGCGUCCGACGUGUUCUUGCAGCGCGUUCAGGCCUUCAUGGACCUGGCCGCUGCCGAACAGGAGCGGAUUGCCGCUGCAGCCGCUGAACAGCAGAGACUGCCCGAAGAGCCAGCCGGAGCACGAUCAGCGCCAACAGCGGAAGAACAGGAGAAAGCAGAAUUGGCUUACCUACUCAGACACUUGUUACGCACUGUGAACUGGCAGCAGAAGCAGUUGCGGCGGCACGCUCAGGCAGCAUACCAGCAGCAACAGAUCCUAAAAGCUUCCACGAACGACUUCAAGACACUCGCGACAGCGAUCAAUUCUGCCAAGACACAGCAACAGCAAGUCAACGAUGCACUUACUUUGCGCCUGAGUACGGUCGAAGCACAGGCCCAUGCACCAGCAGCACCACCAAUCGGCUCAUCAGCAGCUGGCCAGCAAUGGGGCCCACGUGUAGCAGCAAUUGAAAGUACAACCACCACCACUCAGUGCAUUGAUCACAUCAUCAGCCUGAUUGGCGAGGUGGGCCAGUUCCAGGCUCCAACGACGCUCAGCAACCAAGUGACCAUACUCAAAGCCGAGCUUGGUCAGCUGAAGUCAAGACCUGACAGCUGUCGGGCGUUCAAGAUGCCCAAGUUCAACGUUGCCAAAUUCGACGACUACCGCAAGACCGACGCAUUGGCAUGGUGGACCGCAUUCAACACGGAGGCGGACGUGCAUCAUGUCCCCGACGAUCAGCGCCUCGACGCGCUGUACCUCCAGCUGAUUAGCGGCAGUCAGGCCUUCAUGAACAAUUUGGCGCUGCAAAAGGCCUGUACGAUCGCAACACUGCACACGAAGAUUACAUGGGACGAGUUUGAGCAGCUGUGGCAGACGCGGUUCAUGGUCCGGAACGUGAAGAAGACGGUCAUGAACGAGCUCUACCAUUGGAGCCAAGGCAACUAUGCCUACCCGAGAAUGGUUGACGAGGUGGAAAAAUUCGACCUUCGACGCAGUCAUUCAAGAGCUAACAUUCUCAUACAAACGGACCGGUGGGCGGCGAAUGAAAGUCGCCAGCGGCAGCCGGCCUAUGUGGCAAAGCCAGGAUUUCAGUGGCACAAUGCCAAUGUGAUCCUAACCGGAUCACAAGAAGAUCAUGCCGCCGCAACAGCCUCUGGUGAAGGAGAUGUUGUAGCAGCCAUCCCUCCUCGACGCACGCGAGCUCGGAAGAAGAAGGCGACUACCCAGGCGCCGGAAGGAGCUGGACAGCUUCCGUGGACGAAGUAUCACAUUAGCGAGGAGGUCUACCACCUCCGCCUUAAUACCAGCUCCAUGACGGACGACGGAGUUGCGGUUGUCGAUAUUCACGCCUAUCUUGCGAAGAUCGACCGCACGCAUGCCUCCCAAAGGUACGUCAAAAGCGAUGCACCCCUCCUCUAUAUCCGCAUUCAGAUCGGAAAGGAAACCUGCAAUGCCUUGAUUGAUUUUGGAGCGUCUCGCAACUAUAUGAGCCAAGCUUUUAUGGCCCGCGCUGGACUCGACCCCCGCGUUCGAAGGAAAACACCGCCAACGUAUGUGACACUCACGGACGGACACACGCAAAAGUUGAUUGACCGAUUCGUUGAUGGCAUCCCGGUUUACUUUGCGCCACUUGCGUGCGAGCCGGUGUCUUUCGACAUCCUCGACACCAAGCUCGACAUGAUUUUAGGCAUGUCUUGGUUGCCUAAUCCCGACCACGCGGUGAACUUCCAUCACCGCACCGUUCACGUCCGUGAUCGGAACCGUGAGCUAGUCCCGUGUACGGUCCCGCCCCCUCACACUUCGAUUGGUUGCCACGUGGUCUCCGCAGCGAGGAUUCGCAAUGCUAUUACUCAGAACAACGUCGAUGAGAUGGGAAUAUGCUUCUUGCAUGCACUCCCUCCGACGGACGAACCGAAGACAUCGUCGCUGGACCCAUGUAUUAUUCAGCUCUUAGACGGUUAUGGAGACGUUUUCGCAGCUCCCGCCGGAACAGUCCCGGAUCGGCCCACACAUCACGGGAUUGCUCUCGAGGACAGUGUCAUCCCUCCGGGCGGAUGUAUUCACCGGAUGAGCGAAGAGGAACUCAAGGUCGACGACGAUUUGCAGCAGCUUUUCGUCAAUGGUUACAAGUCCAACCUAAAGUACUCAACACUUUAUGCUGAUCUUUCAUCAGAUCACACGCCGGCAGGUCACUAUCGCAUCACCGACGGUUACGGAGUUCCAUUGAGGUCCUGGCAAGAACUCGUUCUAGUUCCAUUCUCGAAGCUGUUUCCCUGUGGACCUGCUGCAUUGCAUCGGCAACAUUCCUCUCUGCAUCUCGAAGUUGCUGGACAAGCACUCUAACGUCCCUUGGGUACUGAUCAAACAAGCAAGUCCAAGAUCAGCAGAGGAUUGCAAUAAUGAGACAACACAACAUAGAUGUACUGUUCUCUGUGAAAUAAAUGCAUCGGACAGUC